CCUGAUGUGUGACUUUGCUCACUCUCUGUUUCAGGUGGUUGAUGUGUCUAAAAGGAUAUCCGAUGUACCUGAGUGGUUCAAAGGCAGCAGACUGAAUUAUGCAGAGAACCUGCUCAAACACAAAGACCAGGACAAAGUGGCUCUCUAUGCUGCAACUGAGGCGAAUGAGGAGAUCGUGAAGGUGACUUUCGGAGAGCUGAGACGUGAUGUCGCUCUCUUUGCUGCCGCUAUGAGGAAGAUGGGCAUCAAAACUGGAGACAGGGUCGUAGAUCUUCAGGGAGUUCUAGACCGGAUUUCUCAGAUCCAGCCUAAGUUGAUAUUCUCAGUAGCAGCUGUUGUGUAUAACGGCAAGCAGCACAACCAUAUGGAGAAACUCCAGAAUGUUGUUAAAGGUCUCCCUGACCUGAAGAAGGUUGUGGUCAUUCCAUACGUUCGCUCUCGACAAGAGACUGACCUCUCCAAGAUUCCCAACAGUGUGUUCCUGGAUGACUUUUUGGCCAUGGGUAAAGAAGGGGAUCAGGACCCUCAGUUGGAGUUUGAGCAGCUGCCCUUCUCUCAUCCUCUCUUCAUCAUGUACUCUUCUGGUACCACAGGAGCUCCCAAGUGCAUGGUGCAUUCUGCUGGGGGCACUCUCAUCCAGCAUCUUAAAGAACACAUUCUCCAUGGCAACAUGACCUACAGUGAUGUCAUCAUAUAUUAUACUACGACGGGCUGGAUGAUGUGGAACUGGCUGGUGUCCUCUCUAGCUGUUGGGGCUUCUGUGGUCCUGUACGAUGGCUCCCCUCUUCUUCCCAGUGCCAAUGUGCUCUGGGACCUUGUAGACCGUCUGGGAAUCACGAUUUUUGGGACUGGAGCGAAAUGGCUGUCUGUGUUGGAGGAGAGAAAUCUGAAACCUGCAAACACGCACAACCUGCAGACCCUCCACACACUCCUUUCUACAGGAUCUCCAUUGAAGCCUCAGAGCUAUGAGUAUGUGUACAGCUGUAUUAAGAACAAUGUGCUCCUGGGAUCCAUAUCAGGAGGCACAGACAUCAUUUCAUGCUUCCUGGGUCAGAACAUGACGGUGCCUGUUUACAGAGGGGAAAUUCAGGCCCGAAAUCUGGGCAUGGCUGUGGAGUCCUGGAAUUGUGAAGGUAAGUCUGUUUGGGGUGAGAGUGGGGAGCUGGUGUGUUUGAAGCCCAUCCCGUGCCAGCCCACUCAUUUUUGGAACGACGAGAAUGGCAGCAAAUACCACAAAGCCUACUUUUCUACCUUCCCAGGAGUCUGGGCCCAUGGUGAUUACUGUAAGAUAAAUCCAAAAACGGGAGGAGUCGUCAUGCUGGGGAGAAGUGAUGGAACCUUGAAUCCUAAUGGUGUUCGGUUUGGGAGCUCAGAAAUUUAUAACAUUGGUGAGAAAUAA